GCUCCUGCUCCUCUCUGCCAGGGCAGCUCGCCAGGCACUCCACACCUCGGUCACCCGCAGAAACGCUCCCAGGCCCACAGCUGUCACCUCUGCCCUGCAGGCCCUCGGUCGCAAUGCAGGCCAUCAAGUGCGUGGUGGUGGGAGAUGGAGCCGUGGGCAAGACCUGUCUUCUUAUCAGUUACACCACCAACGCCUUCCCCGGAGAAUACAUCCCCACCGUAUUUGACAACUAUUCAGCGAACGUGAUGGUGGACAGCAAGCCAGUGAACCUGGGGCUGUGGGACACCGCGGGCCAGGAAGACUACGACCGGCUUCGGCCGCUCUCGUACCCCCAAACGGAUGUCUUCCUCAUCUGCUUCUCCCUGGUCAGCCCGGCCUCCUACGAGAACGUCCGAGCCAAGUGGUUUCCUGAGGUCCGGCACCACUGCCCCAGCACGCCUAUCAUCCUGGUGGGGACCAAACUAGACCUGCGCGACGACAAGGACACCAUAGAAAAGUUGAAGGAGAAGAAGCUGGCACCCAUCACCUACCCGCAGGGCCUGGCACUGGCCAAGGAGAUUGACUCCGUGAAAUACCUGGAGUGCUCAGCGCUCACCCAGCGCGGCCUGAAGACCGUCUUCGACGAGGCCAUCCGCGCCGUCCUGUGCCCGCAGCCCACACGGCAGCAGAAGCAUCCCUGCAGCCUCCUGUAGGGUCUCAGCCCAGCUGUCCCCUCCACAUGGUUUGGAUCCUCCUGGGCUCCUACUAAAGCCUGAUGACACCCUGGAUGGCCCAGCUGUUUCCUCCCUGUGUCCUCAAUGGAAGCGCCAUGGGGCCAGAAGGGUGUGGAUGGGCUGUGUCCUAUCCAACAUACUCCUUCCUUCUCAGGGACUAGAGGGGGACCCGAGGACCAAGCCAGCCAGCCACCCCUGUGGUCCAUACACCUACUUGCUCCUGCCCUGCUCCUGAGGCGAGCUUCCAGUCCGGGUUUCUGGCCACCAUUUAUUUGCAUAUGUCAGGGACAGGCUUUUGCUCCAAUCCCCGUGACCCUGCCAGUCUUGAGUGGUCUCCUUCCCCGAGUAAAGGGAAAAGGCUCAGGCGUCUGACCCCUCUGGUGACGUCUGACCUCUCUGGUGAAAGUCCUUUCUUUCAGAGACAACGUAAACCCAUUUCUGCAAAUCCCUGUAAGGGUCCGGGCUCAGCUCCCCCGGCCAGCUCUUGGGGACUUUCGGCUCAGGACUUGGAGCCGCAUCUGCCUUGGAUGUCUGUCACCCUGCCAGUCAGGACCUUUGUCAUUUCAGAGAAAAGUCAGCUCUCCUGCUUAAGCAGAAAUAAAUGUAUCACUCACGUUUGGAGCUA